AUGUCAGGUUACGCCAGUUCUUCCACUUGGACUUCUUUCUUGAAGUCCAUUGCAUCCUUCAAUGGUGAUAUUUCAUCAUUGACUGCUCCUCCAUUCAUUUUAUCCCCAAUCUCGUUAUCUGAAUUCUCACAAUACUGGGCAGAACAUCCAGACUUGUUCUUACAACCAUCUUUUGUUAAUGAAUUGAACUUCAAAGAAGCCUUAAAUGAGAUCGAUCCUACCAUUAAAUCUCCUGAAAUCGCAAGAAUGUUAUUGGUCAUUAGAUGGUUCAUUUCUACUUUAAAGUCUCAAUAUUGUUCCAGAAAUGAAUCAAUGGGUUCUGAAAAGAAACCUUUGAAUCCUUUCCUGGGUGAAUUAUUUGUAGGUAAAUGGGAAAAUAAGUCGAACCCUUCAUUUGGUGAAACCGUAUUAUUAAGUGAACAAGUAUCUCAUCAUCCACCAGUUACUGCCUUUUCUAUUUUCAAUGAUAAAAACAAUGUCAAAUUGCAAGGUUACAACCAAGUUAAGGCUUCCUUCUCAAAGACUUUAAUGUUACAAGUCAAACAAUUUGGUCAUAGUAUAUUGGAAAUUGGUGAUGAAUCAUAUUUGAUCACUGUUCCUCCUUUACAUAUUGAAGGUAUCUUAGCUGCAUCUCCAUUUGUCGAAUUAGAGGGCAAAUCCUAUAUCCAAUCAUCUACUGGUUUAUUCUGUGUGGUUGAAUAUUCUGGUAAAGGUUACUUCUCUGGUAAAAAAAAUUCUUUCAAGGCUAAGUUAUUUGAAAAUUCAAAGGCUUAUUUCUCUAAACAGAACCCAUUAUAUACAAUUUCCGGUCAAUGGUCUGGUCAAUCAACUAUAAUAAAGCAUGGUUCCAAAAAAUCAGACGAUUUAGAUCCUGUUCCAUUUUAUGAUGCUGAAAGACAAACUUCUGAGUUUUUGAAUGUUAAGCCUUUGGAAGAACAACAUCCUUUAGAAUCAAGAAAGGCUUGGAAGAAUGUUGCAGCUGCCAUUACUGCUAAUGAUUUUGAUGCUAUCGCAAAGACUAAGACUGAAUUGGAAGAAAGUCAAAGAGAAUUAAGAAAAGCUGAGGAAGAAAAGGGUAUUUGCUGGCAAAGAAGAUGGUUCCAAGAUUCAAAUUUAUCAACUAAUUCAACCGCUACAGCAGAUGAUACAGCCUCAAUCACUACUUCAACAACUACGAAUACUGCUGCCACUGUUAGCACCACUAACUUAGCUUCUGCUGCAGAGAAUAAAGCUUUGGACAUUUCUAGCUUAGGUGAACAAGAUCAAUUAUUUGUUAAGUUGGCUUCUGAAUUUAAUUUAUCUUUAAAAAAUGUUCCAAGUGGUACUUUAGUUGGUGAAAAAGAUGAUAAGAAGGAAAAUGUCGGUUCAAUCCAUUGGAGAUUCCAUAGAAAACUAUGGGAUGCAGAAAAGGAAAUUGUAUUGUAA